AUGACAUCGGGAACAUUUCUGUGGGUGGAAGAUAGGUUUUCGCAAUGUAAUAAUUAUCAGGCCCACGAAUCGAUGCGAGGGGGCUGCUUGAAGACGCGAGGAGGUGGUUGGGACUUGGGAGCGGUGGUCGUGGGGGACGGGAGGGAGUCGCGACGGCCGACGAGGGACGCCGCGGCAGCGCGCAUGUCGCCGCCCGUAUCGACCGGGCCGGAUGUGCAUUGCCGUCGGAGAGAUCAGCCGACCCACCUACACACGGAACUCUAA